AUGUUGAAGGACCUCCCUUAUAAAUUUACUUUAUCACUAGAGGAACUCCUUGCUCCACUAAAGUUAAAGAGUUAUAGCAUUAAGUCAAUAAGUGAGGAUUGGAAUAAUCAGCCACCUAAAGUGAAAAUUUUCUUUAAGGUCUUGGCAAAAGUCGCUAUCGAAAGGCAUAAAGCGAUGUAUCCGGAGUAUGUCUAUCAACCUCACAUUAAACAAACUGCAGUUUCCGAAGAAAACUUUAUUCAGAUUUCGAAAUUCCUUCCAAUCUUUAGUGACAUUACACAAAUUUUUAAAAAAAUUUCUGAUAUAUACUAUGAUGCCGAGUAUAACAAAGAUGAAUUAGAUCAGCUUAUUUUAGUCGAUGUUGAACGCCGUAAGCGAGAAAAUCAAAUCUUAAGAAAUGAUAUCGAGGAUCUUAAUAACUAUCUUAAAAGCAUAUAUGUAGGUGAUACGAGCAAACAAAAUGCUAGCUCCAACAUAGUUUGGAUGGAUAAACUUAGUCG